AUGGCGCCACCUUCCGCAACUAUGACUGAGUCGUACGAGGUCCCUCAAACUAAGCCGUCGAACGGCUACGACAAACCAGAUUCGCAGCCCGAAGGCACAGUAGCACAUGAAACCGGCCCGAGUCAACGAGGCGUCAAGGCUUCAAUGCAGCACUUUCCUGCGCCACCGAAGUUCUCGGACAAAUAUGAAGAGAGAGAAUACCUGAAAGGCCGACUCGCCCUAGCCUUCCGCAUUUUCGGAAAGGAAGGGUUUGACGAGGGAGUCGCAGGCCAUAUCACAUUGCGAGAUCCUGUCAAGCCUGACCAUUUCUGGGUGAACCCAUUCGGUGUCGCUUUCAGUCAGAUUAAGAAGUCGGAUCUUAUCCUUGUCAAUCACGAGGGUAAGGUGGUGGAUGGUGGACCAGUUCGUCUUCUGAACCAGGCAGCAUAUAUGAUUCAUGCCGCUGUUCAUGCCGCACGACCAGACGUCAUGUGUGCAGCUCACUCACAUUCCAUCUACGGUCGAGCAUUCUGUGCUCUGGGUCGACCUAUCGAUAUUAUCACACAAGAUUCAUGUGCCUUCUACGACGAUUUGGCAGUCUACAACUCUUUCCGCGGUGUAGUCUUGGUUAAAGAGGAGGGCGAGAACAUCGCGAAGUCUCUAGGCAACAAGAAGGCUGUCCUGCUACAGAACCACGGUCUUCUCACAGUCGGCCAGACCAUCGAAGCCACCAUCUUCUGGUUCUGCUCACUCGAGAAAUGCUGUCGAGCUCAGCUCAUGGCUGAUGCUGCAGCUGCAGGUCGAGGUGGUGCUACAAUCAAAAUCGACGAUGAAGAUGCUUCUUUCACAUAUAAGGCUGUUGGCACUCCACGUGCUGGUUGGUUCAGUGCUAAACCAGCCUUCGAUGUGAUGGAAAGAGAAAGCGCACCAGAAGUCUUUGCAUAG